AUGAGGUCCGGGCGGCCCCGUGAGGAAAAAGGCCUCCGUCACUUUGCCGUUCGUAUUUGCCACAAAGUCGAGCAGAAAGGCGAGACCACCUACAAUGAGGUCGCGGAUGAGCUGGUCGCCGAACUGCUGCAGGGAAACAAUGGCGUAGCGUUGCGUGAUCCGGCGAGUGAAGAGAAGAAUGUGCGCCGUCGAGUCUACGAUGCGCUGAAUGUGCUGUGUGCUAUCGGCGUGGUGCACAAAGAUCGUCGCGCUGUCCGCUGGCAUGGUCUACCUCGCGCCAGCGUACGAGAGCAGUCUCUCCUCGAGAACGAACUGAGCCGUCUGAGUUCGAGUGUGCGGGACAAGGACGGCCGGAUCCAGCGAUACCGCACAAUUGUACGAGCGCUCGAGCGCCUUGUCCAACGCAAUAUGCGCGGUGCGGCGGUGGCGAGCAGCGGGCGCCCGCGCUCCGCGUCGCUACAAGGCGAUUCGGCUGUUCGGCUGCCGUUCCUGCUGAUCGCCACCGAUCCGGAUGCAGCAGUCGAUAUCGACGGAGACGAACCAGGUUCAGAUCGCUGCAGCUUCACCUUCAAUCGCCCGUUCCAGGUGUAUGACGCGGACGGCGUCUUACUGGAGCUGGACGCGAUGAUCUGCAACUCGGGUGCCAGACAGGAUAGCGCGUCGGUGCCCGCGACUACCAACUGUGCCUUGGGUUCGAAUGAGGCAUCGGCAUCAACAUCGGCAUCGGCGACAGCAGCAGCCAGCGAGCCUCCGCUAUGA